UAUUUUGCCGCGUAAUGAAUUUCUUAAUGAUCGUUUGCCGACAGGUAGUAUCUCCCUCUCUCUUGUCUGCUUGCGGUCAGAACGUAGUCUUUUUCGCGGCGAGUAAAUUCGCCGACUAGUAGAAAAUAUACUACAAGUCUACCACUAUAUAUAAAUUUCUUCCGUCGAAGGAAGGAGAAAGGAUUACUUCAUGUGAAAGACUAGUCAUGGUUUACGACGCCGUCUCGCUUGCAAUCGGUAACACCUCCACCGGCAUCUACAACCUCGGCUUCUAUUUAUCGGAGCACCCGGCGAUCGUCAAUUUCCGGUGGAGCCACGCCCAUUUAUGGGGCUCCACAUGGCUGUUCCUCUUCUCCUCCAUCGCCGCGUAUCUCUUCGUCUCCCUCUUUGUCCAUCUAUCUCUGGCAUUACUCCUCCGACCGACCAGGACAGUUCCCCUCGGGCCCAUACCUGCUCUUCAUAGCCUAUUCAUGUCCCUCAUCUCCGUGACUAUUUUCGCCGGGAUAUUACUCUCCGCUGCCGCCGAGAUCAGAGACACCCGAUGGUUCUGGAGACGCUCCAAGACCCCAUUCCAAUGGCUGCUCUGUUUUCCAAUGGGCACUCGACCCUCGGGACGGGUCUUCUUCUGGUCAUACGUGUACUACCUGUCUCGAUUUUUGCACAUGGGGAGGACGAUCUUCGCCAUCCUACGACGUCGUAAACUAGUGGUGUUCCAGCUGUUCAAUCAGUCGAUCUCAAUCUUCAUGUCAUUCCUGUGGCUGGAAUUCUCGCAGUCGUUUCAAGUGGCAGCGAUCCUGGUGACGACGCUGGUGCAUUCGGUGGUGUACGGAUACAGAUUCUGGACGGCGAUGGGGCUGAGGAGAGCGUGCUUUCCGCUGGUGUUGAAUUGCCAAGCUGCGUUGGUGGGUUGCAACGUGGCGUGCCACGUCGGAGUCGUGCUGCUUCACUUCUUCCGCGGCGGAUGCAACGGCAUCGGAUCCUGGAUUUUUAAUUCGGUGCUGAACGUUGGUGUUCUGUUGGUGUUUGUGAAUUUUUACGUGAGGUUACAGGCCAGUGCCCGGAAAAGUGGCGAGUCCACGCCUCGUUCCUGUGGUCAUCAAAGGGUGGCUACCAGUGACGCGGAAACCGACAAUUAGUUGAAAUUUUGAGCUUCAACCCAUAGUGUAUGCUUUUCUUGGCUAAUUGUAUUUGAUGGAGUAAAUAUAAACUACCACACGGUGAAGAUUUUUUGGGUUAUGACGAUAAUUUUUAGUUCAAGGAGCAUAAAAUUGGUGUUACAUUAGAUCUGUAGUCCCAUGGAAAGUGGGGAUGAAUCAAUAAGUAGAGUGUUUUUUCACUAGUGGUGGAUGUUCAUGACAAGAAGUGGCGGAGCGAUCACCAGAAUUUGCAUUAAAUCAUUUAAUGGGUUGGUGAUUGGUGAAUGAUGCUCUCUUCGUAAAGUGGAAUGAUGAUACACUAAUUAUCGAAAAUAAAUGCUGCGUCUAGCAUGGUGUAGAUUUUUAGAACAAGGAUUCAACUCGUGGACCCAAACAUGGAAAGUGGUCACAAUGGUUGGAUGAUCUGUAAGUCUCUAAGUCAUAGUUCAAGGCCCAAUGAAAUCUCUGAGG